ACCCACUGUGUUCAAGCUGCUGGACUGACUGGGCUGCAUGCGCGCCUGUCUCGCGCGCUACUGGUGGGCUAUGCGGCGUCACGCGCCAAAGGUGCCAUGAAAUGAAGAAAACUCACUUGCGCAGGGGGAAGAGCACUAUUGAUAAGCGUGUAUGGGAACAGGAUUAAUUGGAUUAUUAGCCUCCUCGUCUAAAAUGGCCAAAAAUACAUCUCUUUAUUUUAGAAUUGUCGAGGGCAGGAACCUCCCAGCCAAAGACGUCUCUGGAACCAGUGAUCCAUACUGCAUUGUAAAAGUUGACAAUGAAGUUGUGGCCAGGACGGCCACAGUGUGGAAGAACCUCAGUCCUUUCUGGGGUGAAGAGUACACGCUGCACCUCCCGAUGGGGUUCCAUUCACUCUCUUUUCAUGUCAUGGACGAAGACACAAUUGGCCAUGAUGAUGUUAUCGGAAAGAUAAUUCUGAGCAAAGAAGCCAUUGGAUCUCAAGCUAAAGGACUAGAUAGCUGGUUGAACCUGACGAGGGUCAACCCCGAUGAAGAAGUCCAGGGAGAAAUCCAUCUGAGCCUGGAGCUACUGAAAGUUACAGAGAAGAUCAGCCUGCGAUGUCAAGUCAUCGAAGCCAGAGACUUGGCUCCAAGAGAUAUUUCUGGAACCUCUGAUCCUUUUACAAGAGUUAUUUUCAACAACCACAGUGCAGAGACCUCGAUUAUCAAGAAGACCCGUUUCCCUCACUGGGGAGAGACCCUGGAGAUGGAGUUAGGUCUAGAAGAGCUGAGUGAGGAGGGAACUGUCAAUGUGGAGGUCUGGGACUGGGACAUGGUGGGCAAGAAUGACUUUCUGGGAAAGGUAGAAAUCCCUUUCGCUUGUUUGCACAAGACACCUCUGUUGGAGGGCUGGUUUCGGUUGCUUCCCUUGGGAAACAAUGAGGCUGAUUCUGGUGGCAAACUGGGAGCGCUGCGUCUGAAGGUGCGUUUGGUGGAGGACCGGAUCUUGCCAUCUGUGUACUAUCAGCCCCUCAUUCACCUUCUGGUGGAGUCAGUCAUCUCCCCUACAGAGGUGGAGGAUAGCAGUGCUCUGACCAUGCUGGAGGAGGUGAACACGGUCGAGAGCCGACAGGACGUGGCGAUGACCCUGGUGAAGAUUUACCUGGGCCAGGGCCUGGUGGUGCCCUUCCUGGAUUACCUCAACACACGGGAGGUCAACCACACCACUGAUCCAAACACUUUAUUCCGCUCCAACUCCCUUUCCUCCAAGGCCAUGGAACAAUUCAUGAAGGCUGUUGGCAUGCUGUAUCUCCAUGAGGUGCUGAAGCCCGUCAUCAACCGCAUCUUUGAUGAGAAGAAGUAUAUUGAGCUGGACCCAUGUAAGAUUGAUCUGAACCGCACAAGACGAAUUUCAUUUAAAGGUGCGGUGUCAGAGGCCGAGGUGCGGGACAGCAGUGUGGAGAUACUGCAGAGUUAUUUAACCAGCGUCAUCGAAUCCAUCGUGGGCUCCGUUGAUCAGUGUCCUCCCGUCAUGAGAGUGGCCUUCAAACAGCUACACAAGAGAGUAGAGGAGCAAUUUGCUGAACCUGAGAAUGAGGAUGUGAAGUAUCUGGCCAUAAGUGGAUUCUUUUUCCUGCGUUUCUUUGCUCCUGCAAUCCUCACACCUAAACUGUUCCAGCUGAGGGAUCAGCACGCUGAUACGCGGACAAGCAGAACGCUGCUACUGCUGGCCAAGGCGUUGCAAAGCGUCGGGAACUUGGGCCUUCAGCUGGGUCACGGAAAGGAGCAGUGGAUGGCGCCUCUACAUCCCAUCAUUCUUCGCAGUGUGGCGUCCGUCAAAGACUUCCUGGACAAGUUGAUUGAUAUCGAUCAUGACAUUGUGUCUGAGGUGCCACAGAGGGCUGUAUUCAUGCCCUCUGUGACCGUGAAAGAGGGAUACCUCCACAAACACAAGGCAGAGGGACCACAACUGCUAUCCCGCUUUGCCUUCAAGAAACGCUACUUCUGGUUGACAAGUGAGACGCUGUCCUACGCCAAGACGUCUGAUUGGCGGGUUAGUCCUGAACCAGUGCGCUCCUCAAUCCCUAUUCUUUGCGUGUGUGCCGUGGAGAGGGUGGAUGAAAAUGCCUUUCAGCAGCAGAAUGUAAUGCAGGUCGUCACCCAGGACAACGACGGGCAGCUGCACACCAUGUACAUCCAAUGCAAGAAUGUCAAUGAGCUGAACCAGUGGCUGUCAGCAAUCAGGAAAGUCAUCAUCUACAAUGAGCGCAUGCUGCCCUCUUUCCACCCGGGGGCGCAUCGCAGUGGCAAGUGGACCUGCUGCCUGCAGGCGGACCGUGCUGUUCCAGGCUGCAGUAGAACCCACUCUGCUGUGACACUGGGUGACUGGAGUGACCCGCUGGAUCCUGAUGGAGAGACACAGACCAUAUACAAGCAGCUUCUCCAGGGCAGAGACAAACUCAGGAAAAAAUAUGUAGAGAUGCCAGACGCUGAUCAGACAUCCAGCAAAAGAGAACCGAUCAACUCUGACAUCCACCCAGAUGGUGCAGAAUGCAAUGUUCAGCUGAUGAAGGCAGGUCAGAGCACCGCUGCUCGCCUGUUGGCGGUGAUAGAGGAUCUGGAGCAGGCGCACGCCACCUUCCAGCGCAGAGAAAAAGGGGACGACACCAGUGUCAUUCUGAACCCGUAGACUCGACACAGACACAGAUUACUAAUACUAAUGCCUGUAAAAAUCGGAGGGAAUUCUGCCACUUGAAAUCUUUUGUAUUCUCUGAGUGCCACCGACUUCAGCAGCAGGAGGGAGAGAUUAGGAUACUCGAUGACAAAGGGGGGCGAAGGACUUUGAAGUAUGAUUUGACUUUUAUGUAGAUAACAAGUAAUCUCUUGCAUGGCCUGCAUCCAUUUGUUGUGAAAUGUGAAAAGAAGCUUUUAUAUUUUGAGAUACUGUACAGGACCUCAGUAAGGGUCAAACAUUUUUUAUGCAAAAAAAGCUUGUUGUAGUGUAAUCUACAAUGCCUGAAGGUGUUUUGAUAUAGCUUUCAUCAACGUUUUGUAUUUUAUUGAGGCAAUGUAUCACCAUGGUCGCAUUGUAGCAGUGACAAUAACAUUAUACGUCGUAUCAGUUUUUUAAAAUACUGCUGCAAAUGCCACAGUAUAAUGCUGCCUGUACAAUGAGCAAACAUGAUAUUAAUUUAAUUGUUGCUUUGGUCCUUUUUAUACAAAACAAUGUGCUUUUGUUCGGUGCUAUGGCCAGUCAACUUAAAUGUUUGGUUCUGAUGUAAUUUGCAUAUUUAAAAGUCCUCACAUUUGAUUACGCCAUUACUAAAGUCAUAAAGGUAAUAUCUACAGUACAUGUUAACAAUUGUCCAUACAUAUAAUAGAGGCAAUAGAAGUAAUCAUAUGAGAUGUUCCCAUUUGAAAGGUUUACAGGGUUUUUUUUGAUUUUGGUGCCACAAUAUUUGGCUCACAGGUGUCAGAAUAUGUUUGAGAGGCCAAAUUUGUUUAGAAAAAAGAAAGCACUCAAAUCACGCAAUUUAAAAAAAAGAUAACAGACAAACGAACUGUACACAGACAUGUUGCAAAGCCAUUUCCCAUAGAGCUCGUAGUGUUCAGUGUCUGAACUGUGGACAUGUAUGAGUGGCAUACAAACUCUUCCUGCCAUGAGAUAUUACACUUGGUACAAAUGACCGACAUGACAAUCAAUUUUAUACAUUCUUCAACUAGAGUAAACAUAAGAUGUCACUUACGAAUGAGAUAUUCCCUAAAUAAGGGCUUUUAUUCUGAAAAAAGAAAAGAAAAACACUACUGCCUGUACUUUAUUUUGCAAAUAUACCAUGAUGGUUUGUUUCAAGUGAAUUGUUCAUGUGAAGUAAACACAAUUGCAUUGUUCAGGAAACAUUUAGAUCAGCUUAUGUCUGGUGGUAUUUUCCCCCUGAAAAACAAAAUGACACCUACUAUUUGGUUAACUCGGGUAGAAUUGAGGUACUGGAGGCAGCAAUAAUCAUUAUUCACUCAAGUCAAACGCCAAUGUUUGCAACUUUGGAGGAGACGAUAAAGCAAAAUUAAAUUCACAAAUACCAUUUGAGGGAAUUGUGGGAUUAAUAAUUGGGUAAACUUGCUUUCUUUACUCCAAGUCUGACGUCAGCAAAUAAGAUGUUGACCUGCUCGCUUAUCGUAGCUGGCUGCGCAAUGCAAAUGUACAGAGUGUGAAAUCAGACUAUGAAAUACAAAUAUUUAUUACAAUUGAUACACGAACAGUUUUAAAAACUACAGCUUAGAAAAGGUAACAACAUUGCGUGGGAACAUGCGUUCAUCUGCGCAUGCAAGAUGGAAAACAAUGGAUGACAUUGAUUAUCGAUCAAAUUAGGGCUGGACAAUGGCCAAAUUAUUCUAUUGCAACAUAACAUGUUUUCGGGUAGUUCAAUAAGUACAUGUUCGACAUGAAAUAACGACUUAUUAUUUUGUGUAAAAUAAAUACAUAAAAAAUAUAAAGUACUUAUUUUCUUUUUAGAUUUAAUUGAGAACUUGAGUAAAAAAUUAAGUGAAAUUAUAAAGAAAAGUACAUAUUUCCAGCUAUAAACUAUUUUCAUGCAUGCACACAAAUAUAAUAGCUAGAUUUAACUUAGUUUGAGCAGAUUUUCUAAAAACAAUUAGCUUGCCGAGUUAAGUGAAAUGAAACAGUUGGGCUCGUAAACUCCUUACCCGAUUGGGCAAAAUAAAAGAUUAAACAUAGUUUUCUUUAAAGCUAGCUCAGGAGUGAGCCAUCUUAUAAAGUAUUGUUGUUUUACCUCUGUACAGCACUUUGGUCAACUUUUGUUUGUUUUUAAUGUGCUCUAAAUAAACAGAACUUGAAACCUC